GAGUCUUUGUCGAUUCAUCUUACCCUCUCUCGAUUCUUAAUUAGCUCACAAACACUCGCUCUUACUCAGAGUUGAAAUGGCUUUGCAAUUCUACGGGAGCCUCCACUAAGUCAAUCAACUGAAAUUUCUAGGGUCAGGAAACCCCAAGAUCUGUAGAGUUUGACAGUAUCUUAGGGUUUGUAAAAGAUAUGGCCAAAAUCAGUGACUUGUCUGAUGAAUUGCUUGUCAAGAUAUUAUCGUUUCUUCCAACAGAAGAAGCCGUAUCCACUAGCCUUUUGUCCAAACAGUGGAAAUAUCUUUGGAUGUGGUCGCCCAAACUCGAGUUCAGCUUUACUACUCCUUCAAAGUCUGCAUGCCUGAGAGAUUUUAUUGCCAAGAAUCUUCCAUUACACAAAGCCCCUAUCAUCGAAAGCUUGGUCCUUUGCUCCUUUCCUGGAGCAAUUCAACCUGAGGAUUUGGAUUCGUGGGUUGGAACUGCAGUUUCUCGCUGUCUGCGUGAGCUAAGUAUCGAUUUAUAUUAUACCGAAAUGCAACCUUUUGUAUCAUUGCCCUGUUGUUUGUAUUCAUGCAACUCGCUCGUGACACUGAAACUUGACGGCCAGGAUAUUCUUGUGGAUGUUCCUCCAACCGUUUGUCUCCCUUCCUUGAAAAAUUUGGAACUUCUGGGUGUUUUAUACUCAAACAAUGAUUCUCUUCGACUGCUUCUAUCAUGUUGCCCUGUUCUUGAAGAUCUGAUUAUUAACCGAGAGGACUCUGACGAUUUGACAGCGGUGGUUAUUAUUGUGCCAUCCUUGCAGCGUUUAACUUUAAAUAUAAACCGAUUUUGUUCUUAUGAUGGGUAUGAGAUAGUUACCCCUUCUUUGAAGUUUCUCAGUGUUCAUGGUUAUGGAGGUAAUAGCUCCUAUAUGAUUGAGCAUAUGCCCGAGCUAGAAGAGGCAGAUAUCAGUGUAAUGCUAGAUAAUGGGAAAGAUACUGAAAUGCUUCUCAAAUCAAUCACAGCUGUCAAACGUCUUUCAUUUCGCGUAGGAUACAAGAGUGGAGAAGAGACUGUGUAUCGUGAUGGUAUUGUCUUCAAACAGCUUAAAAAAUUGAAGCUACGUAUAUGCAGCGAGAAUUGGUCAAAGUUACUUGUCCAGUUGCUCAAAGAUUCUCCUAACCUGAAAAUCCUCAAUCUCUUGCUCGAUGAUUACCUUCCAUUCUGUUAUCAGAAGUAUGAACCGGUUGGCUGGAGCGAUAACCACCACGCCUCCGUUCCUAAAUGUUUCUCCAGUAGUCUUGAAACUUUCAAGUUUGAAGGGUACGUCAGUGAGAAACCAGAAGAUAGGGAUUUUUUGAGUUUUAUCUUCAAACAUUCUUGUUGCUUGAAAUCUACCUCAAUCGUGCACCUAUGAUGUUAUUAUG